CUCUUCCCACCCUGACUUCCGAGGCCGUGGCCUGGCGGCCACUGACCUGCAGUCACCCGCCGCCGCGCUUUGCUCGCCAUACUCUCUCCAUACCCCUGCUGCCAGCGCUGGGGCUGUGCAGGCUUCUGGUGGGACAUGGCGAACUCGAGCUGCGAGGACCUGCGGGGUCAGGAGGAGGACAGUUUUCUGUACUUCGCCUAUGGCAGCAACCUGCUGACGGAGCGGAUUCACCUCCGAAACCCCUCGGCCGCGGUCUGCUGCGUGGCCCGCCUGCAGGAUUUUAAGCUUGACUUUGGCAAUUACCGAGGCAAAACAAGUGAAAUUUGGCACGGAGGUAUAGCCACCAUUUUUCAAAGUCCUGGCGAUGAAGUAUGGGGAGUAGUAUGGAAAAUGAACAAAAGCAAUUUAAGUUCUCUGGAUAAGCAAGAAGGGGUUAAUAGUGGAAUGUAUGUCCCAAUAGAAAUUAAUGUUUACACUCAAAAAGGAAAAGAAAUAACCUGUCGAAGUUAUCAGAUGAAAAAUUAUGAGAGUGCACCCCCUUCACCUCAGUAUAAAAAGGUCAUUUGCCUGGGUGCAAAAGAGAAUGGCUUGCCACCAGAAUAUCAAAAGAAGUUAAAUGCAAUAGAACCAAAUGACUACAAAGGAAGGGUCUCAGAAGAAAUUGAAGACAUUAUCAAAAAGGGGGAAGCAAAAACUCAUUAGAACAUAAUAGAAUGUAUCCACGGAUAUUUUCUCUCUGUGCUAAUAUAUUUUUAAUGUGUAGAACAGGGACCCGGGAUAUCUCUACUUUUAACAUAUUUUCAACAGUGCUCUGAAGGGAUAUCUCAUUUGAACGAUUCCAUUUUUUUGGACUAUAAAGAGAAACUAGGUUAAGAGUUAGACAAUUGCAGAGGGGGGCGUGAGAUACUGGAAUGUAUGAUAAAUGGAUAUGGGUACUUCUUCUGUGAACACUUAAAGUUAUUUUCUUGUCGAUCCGAAGCGUAUUCUUGCUCCGUGAUCAAGGGUAGAUCUGCAACUUAAUGAUGGUGCUGUUGAAUCACUCUGCUUUGGAAUUUUUUUAUCAGCUUAGUAAGAGCAGGCAAACUGCAGAGAUAGUUGGUAAUAUAUGUUUUUAAAUGUAAAAGCUGGCAUCCUAUUCUUAGAGGAAUAAAUGUAAUUGUGGUUUAACCUGUAUUCUCUCCUAAAA